AUGGAACCGCCGAUUGAAACUAUCCGCCUGCUUCUGGGUGUUGCAUCACGGUGGAGAUCAUUCACAUUAUUGAACAGUGACUCCCUUCAAGUACUUUCCCAAGAGCUGGCAUCUGGAAUCCUCCAUUUCGACAACCUUCAACACAUCGAUAUCCAAGGAAGGAAGGAUGCCGAAUUACUUUGGACCUUCCGCCACGCGCCACGCCUGGAAACAGUCGAGUUUGAUGGCUUUAUUAGGCCGCAAAUGCUCGACAUCGACUGGAGUACGGUCCACCAAAUCUACUCUGUUCUAGAAAUUUCAGACUGCUGGACCAUUGUUUGCAAGGCUUCAUCCCUCAAGAGGCUACGUUUCGAAAUGUUACGUCUGAUCAACCGACCCGCAGGCACUCAACCAAUAUACUGUCUGGCUCACCUCACUCAAGUUGACCUCUCCUGCGAUGAAGGGGGUAUCGCUGGCACCUUUGAUCUCUUUUUUGGACAAGUGACGCUGCCGGCCUUGCGAAGUUUGACCGUCGAAACAUGUUCAGAAAAUGGACAGUGGCUUCCUUCUUUAACUAAAAUGUUCCUUCGGUCUAGAUCUCCUCUGGAGAAGCUAUCCAUCAAUUCAGCGGGAUAUCCUCCCGAAAACGAAAUUCUCUCUCUCCUUCGCGAACUCCCUGGGCUCCAGUAUUUCAUCCUCCGCACUAAUAUUUACGAAAACCCACGUUUCAUAUUCUCUGACAUACUGGCCCAAUUCUUAACCCUUCCGCGCCAGAGAGAGUCUGUCGAGCAUCUCAUCCACCAACGCCUACCAUCUUUGAAGUCGUUUUCUUACAUAGGAAACAUUGAAUUCAAGACCGACACCUUUAUCUCUAUGCUCCGCUCCCGAAUCGAACCCUCCCUCUACCAGCCUCAGAACACGCUUCAGGUCUUGGAAUCGAUACAGAUCACAUACCACAACAAAUCUUGGGCACAAGAGCAGGAUCCAAAUGUCAUGCAGCGUUUCUACGUCGAUCUGGCAGGUUUUGGGGCCUCCGGGACGAAAGUAGACUUCGUAUGGGAGCGUCAUAGGAGAGAUUAG